CAACACAUAUCUCCUGUCACCACUACCUCCUCCUUCUCCUCCUCUUCCUCCUUCUUCUCCUCCUUCCGUCAGUAUAGCACGCAUACCAUCCCUCUACUGGUAUACGUUUUUGAAGGUUCGGAGAUCUCUUGAGUCACCAUGUGGACAGCAACUUCCGGCUUGCGGGGCCGCAAGCUCCGGCUGGCCAUCACUAUCGUCUCCGUCCUCGGUUUCUCGCUUUUCGGUUAUGAUCAGGGUCUGAUGUCCGGUAUUAUCUCCGGUGACCAGUUCACCGCCGAGUUCCCGGCUCUUGCUACUGGAGAUGGCAAGGAUAACGACCACGUCUCUGUCCUCCGCGGUGCCGUCACCUCCUGUUACGAACUCGGUUGUUUCUUCGGUGCUAUCUUCACUCUCAUAUUUGGUGAGCGCAUUGGUCGCACCCCGCUCUUGGUUGCUGGUGGUAUCAUCAUGAUCGUCGGAGCUGUCAUCUCGACCGCCUCCUAUGGAGAUAAGUGGGGUCUGGGUCAGUUCGUUGUUGGCCGUGUCAUCUCCGGCCUGGGCAACGGCAUGGACACUGCCACCAUCCCUGUCUGGCAGUCUGAAUGCUCUCGCGCUCACAACCGUGGGUUCCUGGUCUGCUUCGAAGGCGCUAUCAUCGCCGUCGGUACUUUAGUUGCCUACUGGCUGGACUUCGGUCUCUCCUAUGUCAACACCUCGGUGCAGUGGCGGUUCCCCGUUGCUUUCCAGAUCAUCUUCGCUAUCCUUGUCACCGUCGGUGCCCUGAUGCUCCCCGAGUCGCCCCGUUGGUUCGUCAUGCGCGGCCACGACCAGGAGGCCCGCGAGGUGUUGGCUGCCCUGAACGAUCUCUCGCCCGACUCCGAUCAGGUCCUGGCCGACUACAACCUCAUGAAGGCUGAUCUCGCCGCCUCCAAGGACAACAAGGCUAGCUUCAAGACCCUGUUCACCUUCGGCAAGACCCAAGAGUUCCAGCGCAUGAUGAUCGGUUGCUCUGGUCAGUUCUUCCAGCAGUUCACCGGUUGUAACGCUGCCAUUUACUACUCGACCCUGCUGUUCCAGACGAACCUGGACAUGGAGGGCCGGCUCUCCCUGAUCUUGGGGGGUGUCUUCGCCACUGUCUACGCUCUUGCCACUAUCCCCUCCUUCUUCAUGAUUGAGAGGGUUGGUCGUCGCAAGCUCUUCCUCAUCGGCUUCAUGGGUCAAGGUUUGAGUUUUAUUAUCACCAUGGCCUGUCUGAUCGACCCGACCACCGAGAACUCCAAGGGUGCUAUCGUUGGUAUCUUCCUCUUCAUCAUCUUCUUCGCCUUCACCACCCUGCCCCUCCCCUGGAUCUACCCCCCCGAAAUCAACCCUCUCCGCACCCGUACCAUGGCCGCCGCCGCCUCGACCUGCACCAACUGGAUCUGUAACUUUGCCGUCGUCAUGUUCACCCCCGUCUUCUCCUCCUCCAGUGGUUGGGGUCUCUACCUCUUCUUCGCCCUGGUCAACUUCUGCGCCGUGCCCUUCGCCUGGUUCUUCUACGCCGAGACCGCCGGUCGUGACCUUGAGGAGAUCGACAUCAUCUUCGCUAAGGCCCACCUCGAGAAGAAGUGGCCAUAUCAGGUCGCCAACGAGCUGCCCAAGCUCACUCCCGCCCAGAUUGCCCAGAUGUCUGCCGAGGUCGGUCUGGACGUCCCCUCGCACCAGGUCGCCCACGAAUCCGAGAAGGCCGAGCUGGCUCUCAGCAGCGGCGAGAGUCAGGAGCGCAAGGAAACCUACUAAGGAUUUCAUCUCAUCCUGCGUGCGACGCGUCAAACAACCCAAAAGAAAUAAUCAUCAGAUACCCCUCCCCCGCAUUUAUACAUGUACAGUCGGAGCCGUGUUGCUUUGCUUGUCUUCUGAAUUGAUACUCCCCCCAUCGAAAGUUUGCGCCCGUUGAGCAACUACCCGCUCAACCGUGCACCGAUCCUUUCAUGUUAAUGUCUUUCGCUAUGAUUUGAUUGUUGUUUUUUUUUGCCUUACCUUGCACACCAAAGAUUCUCCGCAUUGGCUAUUGCUCUUUUUAUGAUGUGAUCGGACAAUGUUGUUUUUACGACUCCACACACAGGCCGUCUGUGUGGACACUUUCAUGUAUGGAAUUUUUUUGCUGUGGGGUUCUUCUCUUUGCUGCAAGAGGGGAUGAUUCAGAUGGUAUAUAGAUAUCCUUGU